CGCGGACAGCUGAGUGCUCUGAAGCUAUGAUGGUUCCGGGUUGAGGUGGGAGCUGCCGUGCUGGCAUCGUCUGGGGGAGCCGUGAGCAAAGAAUGUGCGCGCAGCAAUGGGAGCUACUCUCUGUAUCUGCUCUCGAGGGGUCAUAACCAUUGAAAACAGGCGUUACUACUUUGUAGAGAAGCUUGGAGAGGGAGGUUUCAGUUAUGUAGAUCUGGUUGAAGGGGUCCAAGAUGGGCAAUUUUAUGCCCUAAAACGUAUACUUUGCCAUGACCGGGAGGAUCGUAAGGAGGCGCUUCAUGAGGUGGAGAUGCACCGAAUGUUCAAUCAUCCCAAUAUCCUGGGUCUGGUGGGGCACAGCAUGAUCGAAAAGGGACCUAAGUGGGAAGCCUGGCUGCUGCUUCCUUUUAUCAAGAGAGGAACCUUAUGGAAUAAAGUUGAAGCAUUGCGAGAUAAGAACGCUUACCUACUCGAAGAGAAGAUUCUGUACAUUUUACAUGGGAUAUGCCUGGGACUCAAAGCCAUCCACGAUCAGGGCUUUGCUCACAGGGACUUGAAGCCGACUAACGUGCUGCUGGAUGACGAUGAUCAGCCCCUGUUGAUGGAUCUGGGCUCUAUGAAUCACGCUCGUAUUGAAGUAUUGGGGACCAGGCAGGCAAUGUCCGUGCAGGACUGGGCAGCACAACGAUGUACCAUCUCCUACCGGGCCCCCGAACUUUUCAAUGUGGACAGCAACUGUGUAAUUGACGAGAGGACAGAUAUCUGGUCUCUCGGUUGUGUACUGUAUUCCAUGAUGUUUGGGGAAGGGCCAUAUGACAUGAUUUUCCAGAAAGGAGACAGCGUGGCUCUGGCUGUUCAAAACAACAUCUCAAUCCCUGAAAAUAACAGGUACUCCCAAGGACUGGAGUCGCUCCUUUCCUCCAUGAUGGUGGUGGAUCACUUAGACAGGCCACACAUCUCCACGAUCCUCAGCCAGGUGGAGGCGCUCUACCCCAUGGUAGAUGGACAAGCCACCACCAGGAUAUGACAUCACAGGAAGUGACUUCACUCAAGUGCUGCUUAACCGCUAGAUCAGUGUCACCCGAUGGAUCGGUGCGUCUGGAUGCCGUGGAGCAGACGAUCGGACGCUGUGACAUGAAGGAACUUGGUUGAUAACAAAAUUUGAACUUCUCUGCUUUUUAAGAAUAACGGUUUUAUCUCUAAUAUACCUUCAAGACUAUUUUAGGGCGCCAUUGCGCGACACCCUGGACACACAUUCCGCUCCCAUGGAUGGCGGUGGAAGAUGCCUUCAUGUACUUUUGUAGAACUAUGACACAGGACAACGAACAAGUAUGAACACCCCGUCUUGUCUCCCGGAGGCCACUCCUUCUCAGGCCAGUGUCCCGUCUGUCUGUCCUCUGGAGCAUGGUCCUGGUGUGCUGUGGAUGUAUCUGUAUGUUCUGUCCCCUCUGUGUGUCCUGUAAUAGGAAGCUGUGAUUAAAUGUCAUGCUUGGAUUGUA